AUGACCACUGGUAAAGAGAUUCGUAUCAUCUCAUUGUUGGUGUUAGAUACCAUUUUCUUCUUAAUUGAAGUGAUUAUUGGUUAUGCUGUUCAUUCCUUAGCUUUAAUUGCUGAUUCAUUCCAUAUGUUGAAUGAUAUUUUCUCCUUAAUUGUGGCAUUGUGGGCCGUUAGAGUUAGUACUCAAAAAGAUGCCGAUGCUAAAUAUACUUAUGGUUGGAAAAGAGCUGAAAUCUUGGGUGCUUUAAUUAAUGCUGUUUUCCUUUUAGCUUUAUGUUUUUCAAUCUUGAUUGAAGCAAUUCAAAGAUUAAUCAGUCCUGCUGUCAUUACAAACCCAAAAUUGAUCUUAUAUGUUGGUACUGCUGGGUUAAUCUCAAAUAUCGUUGGGUUAUUCCUUUUCCAUGACCAUGGCCAUUCUCAUGGUGGCGGUUCUGAACAUGGACAUUCCCAUGGUGGUUCUGAAUAUAGUGAUGAAGAAAGUUCAGUUGGUGCUGUAUUACCAGAAAAUGUCGUUAAUAACUACACUGAACCUGGUCAUUCCCAUGGCCAUAACCAUUCACACUCUCAUGAAGAAUCUGACCAUUCACAUUCAAAAGCUGCAAAGAAAAAGGCCAAAUCAUUAAAUAUGCAUGGUGUUUUCUUGCAUGUUCUUGGUGAUGCCCUUGGUAAUGUUGGUGUUAUUUUAACUGCUUUAUUCAUCUGGAAAACUGAUUUUUCAUGGAAAUAUUACACUGAUCCUUUAAUCUCAUUAGUCAUUACUGCUAUUAUUUUUUCAAGUGCUUUACCUUUAUGUCGCAGAGCUUCAAGAAUUUUGUUACAAGCUACCCCAUCCACCAUAUCUGCUGAUUCUGUUCAAGAUGAUAUCUUAAAAGUUGAAGGUGUUGUCUCAGUUCAUGACUUCCACAUUUGGAAUUUAACUGAAGAUAUAUUUAUCGCAUCCUUACACGUUGAAGUUGAUGCGUCUCCUGAAACUUUCCUAGUUAUAGCCUCAUCAAUUAGAGCUGCUUUACACAACUAUGGUAUCCACUCUGCAACUGUUCAACCAGAAUUCAUUGGAAAAAACAACAUCUCAUCAGAAGCUUAUCAACAAUUCACAAAGAUCGCCGGAGGUAAAUAUUCAAGAAAUAAUAGUUCAUUAAACAUUAAUAAGGCUAAUGGUCCAGCUGUUUCAGCUUAUGGUGCUAAUACUAAUGAUCAAUGUAUUAUUGACAGUGCAGUCAAUUGUAAUACUGAAAACUGUCUUGAUCAACCAAAAUAA